CAGAAAAUGACAAAACAUUAGGGUCUCUCCCCGACAUCCUCCUUUGUGUGUUUGCAGUCCCCUCCCUUAUGUUUUGAUCGUCAUAUCCCCCUGAUCCUAGAGGAAUGUCGGAGCUGUAUGUUUUAAAAAUAGCACCGACUCCUCUCUGUACUGACAGUCUGCGCGGCUAACUCUCGCAGCACUGUGGAGCGACAAACAGGAAUGCGAAGAUGGCUACAGAUCUGGGAGAACUCCUGGUCCCGUACAUGCCCACCAUCAGAGUGCCAAGAACAGGAGACAGAGUGUUCAAGAGUGAAUGUGCCUUUUCCUACGAUUCUCCUGAGUCGGAGGGAGGCCUGUAUGUGUGUCUGAACACAUUCCUGGGCUUUGGCAGAGAACACGUGGAGAGGCAUUACCGCAAGACUGGACAGAGUGUUUACAUGCAUCUCAAACGCACGGUCAAGGAGAAGGCCACAGGUGCAGCUGGAGGAACCGUGCCCAGGAGGAGAAACGGAAAAGUAUUUUUAGAUUUAGAGCUCAGCCGUGAUUUUAACGGAGAGGAAUAUGAAUGUGAAGAUGAGGCCAAGCUUGUCAUAUUCCCAGACCACUACGAAAUCCCCUUACCUAAUAUCGAGGAGCUCCCAGCUCUGGUGACAAUAGCGUGUGAUGCGGUGCUGAACGCGGCCUCGGCGUAUAAGAAGCAGGAGCCGGUCUCCUGGGAGGAGGAGCUUCAGGUGUCCAGACACGCACGCAGCCUCCGACAGCAGGACAACGGGGUUCGCAUCCCCCCCAGUGGCUGGAAGUGUUCUAAGUGUGAGAUGCGGGAGAACCUAUGGCUGAACCUCACAGACGGUUCCGUGCUGUGUGGGAAGUGGUUCUUCGACGGCAGCGGAGGGAACGGCCAUGCUCUGGAAAACUACCGGGAGACCAACUUCCCCCUGGCCGUCAAACUGGACACCAUCACACCAGACGGAGCAGAUAUUUACUCGUUUGAGGAGGAGGAGGCUGUGCUGGACCCACAAAUCUCAGACCACCUGUCACACUUUGGGAUAGACAUGCUCAAGAUGAACAAGACAGAGAACAGGCACACAGAUAACCUUGUGCAGCGGCGAGUCAGUGAGUGGGAGGUGAUCCAGGAGGCGGGGCAGAAGCUCAAGGCAGUGUACGGUUCCGGCUACACUGGCAUCAAGAACCUGGGGAACAGCGCUUACAUCAGCACCACCAUGCAGGUCCUCUUCAGUGUCCCAGAGUUCCAGAGAGCAUACGUAGGGAGUCUGCAGAGGAUCUUUGACUACUCUCCUCUGGAUCCCUCACAGGACUUUGGCACACAGAUGGCUAAACUAGGUCACGGUCUUCUCUCAGGACUGUACGCAAAACCACCAAUGAAAUCUGAGCUCAUUGAACAGGUGAUGAAAGAAGAAUACAAGAAGCAGCAGGCCGGCAUCUCUCCGCGGAUGUUUAAGUCGCUGGUGAGCCGAGACCACCCUGAGUUCUCCUCCAACAGACAGCAGGACGCACAGGAGUUCCUCCUGCACCUCAUCAACCUCAUUGAGAGGAACAGCGCGGGCUCAGAAAACCCGAGCGAUGUGUUUCGUUACCUGGUUGAGGAGCGAGUGCAGUGUUGUCAGACGCGAAAGGUUCGCUACACACAGCGCGUCGACUACCUCGUUCAACUCCCCGCCCCCAUCGAGGCCGCAUCCAAUCGAGAGGAGCUGAUAGCAUAUGAUGCCAAGCGUAGGGAGGCAGAGGAGACCAUGGGUGCACCCCCUGAGCCGGUCCGGGCGCGGAUCCCCUUCACCGCCUGCCUGCAGGCCUUGACCGAGCCGCAGAACGUUCAGGACUUCUGGAGCUCCGCCCUACAGGCCAAAUCAGCAGGAGUGAAGACGUGCCGCUUCGCCACGUUCCCAGAGUACCUCAUCGUUCCGAUCAAGAAGUUCACCUUUGGAGUCGACUGGGUCCCAAAGAAGCUCGACGUCGCCAUAGAUGUGCCAGACUUCCUGGAUCUGAACCGUCUGCGUGCGACGGGUCUGCAGAGUGGAGAGGAGGAGCUUCCUGACCUCACGCCACCAAUAGUCAGUCCCGAAGACACCAGAGACAACUCCAUGAGCAACUCCACAGACUCUCCAGAGAUAGAUGAGUCUUCGGUGAUGCAGCUGGCGGAGAUGGGCUUUCCUCUGGAGGCGUGUCGAAAGGCUGUCUACUACACGGGAAAUAUGGGCGCAGAGAUGGCCUUCAACUGGCUCAUAGCACACAUGGAGGAGCCCGAUUUUGCGGAGCCGCUGGCGGUCCCCUCGUUCUUAGAGCCGGACCCCAUCAGCGAACCUGUGGCGUCUGCACUGGACAACCAGCCUCCCGAGGAGAGCAUCUCCAUCCUCACCUCCAUGGGGUUCCCACGGCAACACACCAUCAGAGCCCUCAGGACCACGAACAACAACCUGGAACGCGCUCUGGACUGGAUCUUCACACACCCCGAGAGCGAGGAGGAGCCAGAGGAGGUGUCUGACCUGGCCAACGCCCAGCACAAUGACCACGGCCCCCCCAUCACCAACGGCAACAGUGACUCCACCCUCUCCCCCGACACAGACGCAUCAGGCCCACGAGUCAGAGACGGACCUGGCCGAUAUGAGCUGUUUGCAUUCAUUAGUCAUAUGGGCGAGUCCACCAUGUCGGGUCACUACGUGUGCCACAUCAAGAAGGAGGGCAGGUGGGUGAUCUAUAAUGACCAGAAAGUGAGUCUGUCUGAGCGGCCUCCUAAGGACCUGGGCUACAUCUACUUCUAUCACCGGCUCUCCAGUUGCUAGACCCCACCCCCCACCCCCCCUCGCCAGUGCACCCACCCCCCACCCCCACCCCACCACGCACAGGUUCACUGUCUCCAUGAAGGCCAAGGCACAGGGGCAAAGACACAUCCGGGGGCACCAGGGGCAGGAGUUUUAACCUCCCACCUGCAAACCAGCAGAGUGACUGAAACCACAUUGGCAUGGUCAAAAAGAGUGUGUGUGUGUGCGUGCGUCUGUCUGUGUGUGUGUUUGUGUGUGUAUGAGGCGUCAGAUGUGUACUGUGACUCAUAUCAGGGUGUAUUUCUAUCUCUGUCUGCCUUGAGCUCACGGUGCCAGUGUUUAAACUGCCCCUCUAAUAAAGGGUAAAUAGCCACUGCCAGCCUGCAAAUGCCCCCAGUCACCCUCUGCCCUCAGUACACUCACACACCCCACCUGCCUGCGGUACACACACACACACACACACACACACACACACACACACACACACACACACACACAGAGUCAGACCUGGGUUUCAGUUUGAUUGGCAGGUGACCCCACAUACGGAUGUUCAGCACUAGUCCUGUGUGGAGGACAGUAGGUGAGUGGUUACCAUGGAGAUGGCCAAUCAGAUUCCAAGACCAGCAUGGCUCUCCCCAGCAGGUGGGCCUGACGGUGGCUUUGAAGGCUUUAUGUAACACCCUCUCCAAUAGCACUCUUGACGUCAGGAGGCUCAGUGUGGUGCACACACACACUCACACACACACACACACACACACACACACACUCAAACACUCACACACACACACACAC